AUUUGUAUAGGCAUUGGUAAACAAUUAAUUUCACUUGUAAACCAAGGUUGGAUUAGUAGGUCUAAGCAACAUGUAGCUGGAUACCCGCGUAAUGAAUCGAAACAGGUUCCAAUCCUCAUAUAUACCCAUUAUGACAAAAUAAAGAGCUUAAUCUUUCAAGACAUAAAGACAUAGAAGCAUACCCAUUUAUAAAGGUUCUACACAUUCCAUUUCUCCAUAGCAAUAGAAUGUAAACAUUCUAUUUUGUACCAAACAUUGCCUACAACUCAAUUCUAAGUGCAGCAUAUUGGACGACUCCACAGUAAUUGAUCAUUCGCGACUUUAACUUAUUCCUGUUAUCUCUAGAGCAUCUCGUAUAUCUAUAGCGCUGCGUUUCUACCCCAUCUUACCAUGGAUAGGGUUUGGUGCAUUCCGGAGUUCACUUAUGGUCCCACAAAGGAAUUCUGCAGAAGCAGCCUUUAUUUCCAGACUCUGCAGGCCUGCUGGGAGGAAACAUAUUACAAUAAACAGAAGAAGCUCAUGGUCCACUAUCUGCUGCUCCAGAGUCAAGGCCAUGUCCCGCACCUUGUCACCACGGAGCACAUGAGCGACUGGCUGGUGUCUCAGGGCAAAAAAUCCCUUAGGGAGAGGGUGUGGAAGGAAACCCUGGAGGAGGGGAAUGACCUCGCUCGGCUGACCUGGGAAGUCAAUACUUGCCUAAAAAUGAUAGACAUAGAGCACGAGGCUGUCUGUAAGCUCCGCCGCUCCUUGCACUCCACCUCGCCAGCUGACAUCGACCCGAAGGUCCACAGCAUUGUGGAAAGAGCUGUAAGGAGCAUUAUGGGCGAGCUGUCCAAUGAGCCCCGUAGCAACCUGCUCAGCCCAUCCCAGGUGGUUGUGGAGGUGGUGCCCAGGCUCCUCCUGGCCCUGUGGCUUCAGCCAGAGGAAGGCCAUUCAGGGCACCCAAUCCUAAUAAGCGGGAUGGCCGUGGGCAUGGUGGCAGCCGUAGUGGAGAAGCUCUCCAGCAUGUUAAAGGCCCCUUCUCCUCAAAUCCCUUUCUCCCGCGCUGCGGCUUUUGAAUCUGUGCUGUCAAUCCUCGGGAGAAUCAGUCAGUCCUUCUCCACGGAUGACCUCCAGAGCCCAUUUUAUGUGAGAUCUGUCUGUGCCUUUGUGGCUGACGAGGUACAGAGCUGCUUCCAGCCCCCUGCAGCCACCUUACCAGUCCUCCCUGUCGUCGCCGCAGCCAUCUCCACCGCACCUCCAGACAUCCGAGCAGAGGCAGACCCGGCUUCUUCCCACAUGGAGGUUGUGGACAUCACCGCUAACAUAGAGGCAGACCAGGCGUCUUCCCACUUGGAGGUUGUGGACAUCACCGCUAACAUAGAGGCAGACUCUGCUUCUUCCCACCUGGAGGUUGUGGACAUCACCGCUAACAUAGAGGCAGACCCUGCUUCUUCCCACCUGGAGGUUGUGGACAUCACCGCUAACAUAGAGGCAGACUCUGCUUCUUCCCACCUUGAGGUUGUGGACAUCACCCAUAACACACAGGCAGACACGGCAUCUUCCCACCUGGAGGUUGUGGACAUAACAUGUAAGACAGAGGCAGACCCGGCCUGUUCCCACCUGGAAGUUGCGGACAUCGGCCCUAAAACAGAGGCAGACAGAGCUUGUUCCCACUUGGAGGUUGUGGAAAUAACCCCUAAGACAGAGGCAGACCCGGCUAAUUCACACCUGGAGGUUCAGGACAUCACCCCAGAGACACAGCAAGAUCCAGCUUCUUCCCACCUUGAGGUUGCGAACAUCACCCGUAACAAAGAGGCAAAUCCGUCUUUUUUCCACCUGAAUGUUGUGGACAUCACCCCUAAGAGAGAGGCAGGGCCCAUCUCUUCCCUCUUGGAGGUUGUGGAUGUCACACCUGAAGAAAGGACGCUCAAGAUGGCCGUCUUCGCCACUUUGCCAACUGACAUCCAAGCAGAGGAUGUUGCUGUGAUCAUCCCAGAUGUCACCCCACACGUCACCAAGGAUGUGACACUGGAUGUUCCAUGCAAAGCAGCAUGCAAAGGGAAAGUCCGGCAAUUUUUUUCAGGCUUUGGAGGGCAGUGUGCUGCUGCACCUGCCACAAGGAAGAGGAGGAACAAUAUUAGUUAUUCAUCAGACCUUCAGAAAAGGGAUUGAACCAUAGACCAUUAAAUUAUUCACAUUAUAAUUGGAUUCACUUUGCUUUUCUUCUGUUUACUACUUAAUUUCAGAACAUUUCUAUAAACUUUCUCUUUGCAAGUGUGGAGUAGGUUGUGUAAAUAAGUGGGAAACAUCCCAAUUUUAAUGCUUUUAAUCAUUUACUUACUACAUGUAAACAAAACAAAAAAAAAG